UCAUGGAUCGGGCACACGCUUCGACAACGGGAAGACUUUCUUGUGGCACGCCGCGCCGCGCCGCGCCACGGCGUACGACCGUGAAGGGAAGCAUGGGGCACCGUGUAGACGGUAUACACAGCGAAACGGCAGCGGAUCGCGCGCUGAAUCUUUUCGAUUGUCCGAGUGCGUCGUCGAGUGCGCGUUGGACGUCACAACAGGUAGUUGAGCGAGGGCAGCGUGCUCCCGUGGAAAGAAAGGAAAAGACCGAGAGCGGAAGCGAGACGGUCGAUAAACGGCACGGGUGUGCUGAACAGAGAGAGGGGAACGCCGGAGGUUUCGCGGUGGGGGUAACCGAAGGGGGAAGCUGAAGGAAGACGGUCGGAGCGGAAUAUGCCAGAAGGGGAGAAAGAUGGUGUAGUAACAGGGAGGGGUUCCACUGUGUUUCGCCGGAUACCUCCGCACUCUCCGGCUUUGCACAACUGCCCGUGCUACGGAGCUUCGAAUCUAACAUGCACGAGACGGGUUACUCACGCGGCUCUCCUCCCCGCUUGCCCCCCCUACGUCUCCACCUUUUCUCCCUCGAACUCACGUAUUUCAUUCUCCUUCCCCUUGCCUCCGCACCCGCCCUCGACUCGCCGUGAUCUCUAGCAGAAGGACGCGUUUCCGUAGUCUGGCGUCGAGCAGUUUUCGAAAUUAAUAUUUCAAGCCUCUUGGAAUUAACUAUGCCUGCAGCGAACGAACACACUCGGUGGAAUCGUUACUUUUGGUUAAUCGUUGAUGCCGCUGGCGCACGUGACUCUUUUCCUCUAAUCGCAGCAGCCGAUGUUAAGCUGUUCGAAAGAUAAUGUAAAUAUUGUUUACAUCGAUAACAGCGUUCAAGUUUGUUAAUAGAAGAAAGAUAUCUGCAUUUGAAUCUACGUCGACUUUAAUGCUUUUGUAUUCAGAAGUGACGAGUCAAAUUUUAUUUCUAUACAACAGGGAAGUACGGUAGAUUUUUUAGAUUUUGUUAAAGUAAUUACUGCUUUCGUCUCUAAAGUUUGGAAAGAGUUAAUGCACUCUGGAAGUCAGAUAUAUGUGCAUAGGAAACGUCUAUUAGAUAAAUUGUAACCGCAUGCAACGAUACGGAUAGUGCAUUCUCGCAGAAGCCUUACAGACUAUAAAAAGCGUCAUCUGCCAAUUGCAUUAUCAUGCUAUUGUCGCCACCUACGUUGGACGCGCUGCAACUAAAAGUGGAAAUGCCGUCGAUAAAUCCUGCAUUAUGUUAUGGAAUUAUAUUUAUUUAAAAUAAUAUAGUCGUUCGUUCUAGGAUUUAGAGAAUUUUAAUUUAUAUGUUGCUCGUACGAUUUAUUAUAAUACAAUAAAUUAAACCAAUAUAUCGUAAGAUUGUUGCAAACAUAACCUACAAUCGUAAAUAGCGAUUGUAGUGACACGUGAAAGAAGCUUUAAUGUAAAUAAUCGUAAUUUUUUACAGUAGAUUCGUUGAGUGUAAAUAUUAUUGACCUUCCGCUACUGUUUUAUAUAAAAAUAAUUUUCAUACGUAUCGAUAAGUAGAUAAGAUGGAUUUAAGUGCAGCAAAGAAUAGUAGGUUUCCUUUCAUACCAGGAACAAAACCUUCGAUCAAAAAUUCACAGCUUCUUAUAUCGACUGGAAUUCCUUCUCUGGAUCAUAUAAUAGGAGGUGGAUUACCUAUUGGUUCACUGCUCGUUAUUGAGGAGGACCGGUUUGGUACUUAUGCUAAAGUCAUGACAAAGUAUUUUGCGGCUGAAGGUGUGGUCACUGAACAGCCGGUGCUAAUAGCCUCCAAAGAUGCAAAAACAGCUCGCUUUGUAACAGAGAUGCCAGCUGUUAUAACCGACACCAAGUCAAACAGCCAAAUGCAUCAUUUAGAUGAACAAAUGAAGAUUGCUUGGAGAUACCAGAACAUGAAAGCAGUCGAUUCCUCUCCGGGCGAAGGACAGAGUUUUGGUCACUUUUACGACCUUACCAAGAAAAUGGAGAGAGAAACAAUCGAAAAAGCAGAUAUAACUCAAUGGAACGAUGAUAGUUGCCCCACAAAGGAUAGCACAUUUGAGAACUCAUCCUACUCAAAAGUAUUGCAAUGCAUUCAAAAAACCAUAAGCGAAGGACAAUACUCGAUUUCGGAGACGCCCGCGAAAAGGCAGAUCCUAAGAAUUGCAAUUCAUUCACUGGGAUCCAGAUUAUGGUUCAGUGAUACAGAAGAGAAAUCAAAUCAGGACUUGUUAAAAUUUUUGUAUCUUUUUAGAGUACUUUUAAGGUAUUCUUAUGCGGUUGGCGUCGUAACAGUGCCUGUAGAUUGCUUAGAUAAUUCAAGCGCCGUCGUACAGCAAGUCGAACAUUUGUCAGACGUUGCCAUUCGAUUAGAAUCGUUUAUGGGUUCGAAGGCGGAAAAUAGUCCUCUGUUCAAAGACUUUCAUGGUUUAUUACACCUUAGGAAGUUACCCGCGUUAAACACAAUAGCCAGUCACAAUCCAGAAGCGCGAGAUCUAGUGUUCAGAUUGCGCCGUAAAUCAUUCGUCAUCGAGGUGCUGCAUCUUCCAUCAGAAAUGGGGGACACCGCGCAAAGGGAGCAAGAUGAAAUUGUACCGAAUGUAGGAUGCGGUAGUCAGUCCCGUAAAAAUUUGUUAGAUUUUUAAGAAGCUGAUAUUGUACAAUGCGUAAACAUACUUUUUGCGUACAAAAGUACAGUGGAUAAAAAAGAUAUAGGCACAUCUUUUAAAACAGAAUAAUUCUUUUUUAUUGAAAAAACUCGUUUUUUCAACUUUUUUUUUUUAUCUGAGCCUAUA